GCUCCCAGCUAGACGGACAGUCGGAAGCUUCGGGCGCAGAGACAGUGUUGACGUUUUGUUUUGAUCGCUUAUCGUGUGGAUUUUUGGACAUCACGCCGACAUUAUCCGCAGAUUUAGAAGCCCGCACUUCGACCCUGCCGUCACGCCUCAGUGCGGGGAUCCAGCAAAGAUGAAAUGGAUGUUUAAAGAGGACCAUUCCCUCGAGCACCGAUGUGUGGAGUCAGCCAAAAUACGCAACAAAUACCCUGACAGAGUACCGGUGAUAGUGGAGAAGGUCUCUGGCUCUCAGAUAGUGGACAUUGAUAAGAGGAAGUACCUGGUGCCCUCCGACAUCACAGUGGCCCAGUUUAUGUGGAUCAUCAGGAAACGCAUCCAGCUGCCUUCAGAGAAAGCCAUCUUCCUCUUCGUCGACAAAACGGUCCCCCAGUCCAGUCUGACUAUGGGCCAGCUGUACGACAAGGAGAAGGACGAGGACGGCUUUCUGUACGUGGCCUACAGUGGAGAGAACACCUUUGGUUAUAAGGCCUUUUAUACAACACGGGGUUAAUGCUUCACUGAAUAUCAGUCACACACACACACACACACACACACAUACACUGACGCUGUAGGGCCCGACAUAUUGGUGCACAAUGUUUCAGACAUUUGGGUCUUAUGUGUUGCAUAGUAAUGCACCUACACACGUGGCACAGUCAUUUCUGGUCCAGUUUUGCUACUAAAAAUACACAUUUAUGGUGAAAACUAACUACACCAAAAUGUUACAAUUAAUCAAAGUCGUUCUAAUUUAUUUUAGUUUUUGGCAGGAUCAGAUGAUCGUUACUGUCAACAAAUGCUUGACGUCAGUUGAGGAGAGAAAUAUCUUUAACACUGCCGUAUAAUAAGAAUAGCAAUCACCACACGUUAUAGGCACGUCCGUUCCAAGUAUCGACAUGUAUCGGUAUUAGAUUACAAAAACAUUGUGACAUGCCAAUCAUCACACAUUACCCCAUCAUGCUACAUUUAUGUGUUGUCUCAGAUAUUUGUGUUUGGCUGAAGUGAGAAAGAAACCCUAUAAUCACGUGACUACAAUCAUUAACCACAUUAUGGAUGUAUUUGUAUGGCUUAUCAUAUCCUGUAUAAAAACUUCAGUAUGUAAAUUCAGUGGCACUCAGCACUAUGACUGGCUAUGAGAACAGCUAUGUUCAUGUGAAAGAGGGCAGCUCAUGCUAUUGAGCACUUUUUACAGUCCCACCGCAAAACACUAGCCAACUAGCUAACAAAUACGGGAUACAUCAAUCAUUAGCUAGCUAGUUAGGUUAGUUUGCUACAGAUGCUAGCUAACUGGCGAGCUAAUCUACGUUAAUCGUUAGCUAGCUGGUUACAUCUGGUAGCUAAUGUUAGCACAACGCUAGCUAACUAACUAAUAUACUUCAUUCAUUAGCUAGCUAUUUAGUUUGCUUAAUUGCUUAAGUUAAUUGUUAGCUGGCUGAUGUUAGCAAAACACUAGCUAAUUCACUAGCUAACAGUUGGUGUGGAUUAGCUAGUGUUUUUCUAACUUUAUCUAACUGAAGGUGUCACUUUUAUCUUUUAUUCUUUUAAAAACCUGUCUUUUCAAUGUAGAUUAGCCUAGCACAUAGCAUAUGUCAGUACAGGACAGGAGGAAGUGGACAGAGGUUCCAAAGGGUCGGGGGUCUGUCAGUGAAUGAUGGCGCUCAAGGCCAGGGACCAGCGUCGGUCCCUGGGAUGUUACCCAGUGCUUCCCUGCCCUGCUUUUGUGUAUUUGCACAUUAUGUUGGCUGAAUAGAUGUCAGCGUCACCAUGGAUUCAAACUCAUGAUGCCAACAGCAAGCCAUGAACCUCAGUGACCUGCUAAAGAAAUCCAACACUUUACUUGAAGUUUAUUGUGUCGUGUAUUGUUUUACACACACACAUACAUACGUACAUUUUCAUCACAGGGCACCAAAAAGAAAAUGACCACCACUUAAAAGGAAAACUCGCUCAGUUCCUCUUCUUAUAUUCUCAAUCUGUAACAUUCUGCCCCAGAGAUACUCCGUGAGGAAGUUUUGCACUUUACCCAUUCUCCCUCAACCUGCGCUGUCUACCUCUACAUCAGUCAGUGGUUUCCUACACUACCCAGAAUGCCUUCUGACAACCUCAGACAUUUUAACAACACAGGUGUAACUAAUAUUUAUUAGUAAAGGCUGCAUUGCUUUUAGGAGUUUAGUUUGAGGUUACUCGAAUCAGUGGCAUGGAUUCAGAAACACCAUCGUUAAUUUGAUUAAUGUCACCUGCUAUGACAGGUCAAAAUAUCUGCUGUGAAAAAGGUUUGUACCGAAGCAUUGAAGUUGUACCAGAAUUUUUGUCUGCAUGAAGACUUGAUUCUAAUUGGCUGCAGGAUGUCCAAUUAUUCUUAAUAAACUGUCAAAUUAUAUUUAGUGUUUGUCAGCCAUACACAGACUUUGAAUCUUCCUAGCGUAAUGUAAUACUUUCCAGCUCGUAAGGGAACCAAACUGAACUGAAGGGUUCUAUGAGAGGAGCAGACUAGAAAUAUCUCAAGAUGUAUCCAAGGUUCAUCCUAUUUACUGGAGUUGUGAACGUUUCCAUUGCAUAAGAAUCUUAUGGGAGGGUAAUGAUUGUUUCAGGUAUUAGUUAAACCCCCAGGUGUUACUAUAACUAAAAAACUUUAAGAUUUUGAUUGCAAAAUGCAUAAAAAUAUACUGGUCUUCAUUUUUUUCCUUUGCCAAGUGACCAUGGUUUAAGUGGGAUAAUGUCCUUUGGGGUGCCACAACCACUUGUUUUAGGUCAAUUUCUUCAGCUUUAAACACCUGACAGACGGCACCUGAUACCUUUAACUCAUGUUGUGUUUUGUGUAAAAGCAUUCUGGAAAAUGUAAGAAAUCAUGUCCUGCAGCAAAAGUAGAGGAAGCAGGUCAUACAAUAACUCAGUAUGUAGCAGUGGAGGAGGAUCUAAGCAGGGAUUAUUCCUUUUGAGACUUACCACUCACCAAAACAACUGUUUACACCCCACUGUGAAUACAAAUAAGGAGGCUACUGCAUUGCCUUUAGCUGUUCUACAUUCUACAGUCCAGCUCGUAGAACUGAUCCAAGUUCAAGUUCAAGUGUUUUUAGAGGGACAACUGCUAAUACACUGUGAGCCAUCAGCACAUUACACAACUGAUGCAUGAUGAUAACACCAGAAACAUUAUUUUGACACAUUAUUUUCCCAUAUGUUCCUGGAAUGAGUGUGUCAUGGCUGAGAUAUGUGGUACUUGACCCUGUCCCUGUCCCUUCUGUCUUACUUUAAUGAUUCAAAUACAGCGGAAAAGUUGGUAAAUAAAAUCACUGAGCGUGCAGAAAUAAUGCUUUCACAAUUGUUAAUGAUUAAAUAUACAUAUUUAAUGUACUUACAGUGAGCUCUGUGUUCAGGACCGUGGUGGGAAUAUAUAGCUCUGUAAUUCACAUCUCCACUACUUCAAGUAAAGAGUUGCUCUCAUCUUUGGCUGCACAGGUUUCAGAGUUAUAAAAUCAGAAUUGCUUGGUAUCGUUCUUCUCUUCACUCAGAUGACUCUAAAGCUGACAUUUUGGCUGCAGCUGUAGUCUUUGGUGCUGAAUCAGAGUAAGACAUCUGGUGUGUUUCCACCUUUUACCUGACCCAUUAUUCAUAUUUGUGCACCACAAAGCUCAUUCAGGCUUUUAAACAUGGUAUGUAGAUGUGUAAAAUAUUGAUGCAAUGCUAUGAUAUUCAGUAUUGUUUUAUUUCAUCAGUGUUGUAUGUUUGUUAAAUAUAUCUUGAAGACGUAAAGGAAUUUUAGAUAUUUGAAAAAGGUAAGGUAGCUGGAAGACCUGACCAAUAAAAAUGAAUGUAAAAUAAA